CUGAGAGAGCGGGAGGUUCAGGAAGAAAUGUCGACAUUUCAUUGAGAACGGCAGACGACCUUCUGAACGCUGUGGUCGCAGACAUUAAGCCAUGGCUGCACUCCCCGACCAUCAAGUAUCGUUCUGGAUGGACAAAGCAGUGAAGUGGGGCCAGGCUACAUCGCCCUCUGCUCAGCUGGACACAACCAGGCACCUGGACUGUCUGAGGAGCUUCCUUCAGCAGCUCCUACAGACACUGCAGCUAAUGCGCUCUACCACUGAGGCCAUGAAGAGCCUUCCCUUUGUGGGCCAGUUCCUGGGAAGACUUUGCUGGAACCCAUAUGUUACUGCGGAUGGAGAAAGCCGGAGGCUUCUGCUGCAGUGUGUGUGGUGUUUGUAUAGCGCAGAGCCAAAAAAUGCAGUGGAGCGCCGGGCCAACGACUGGAUACGGAAUCUGCUGUGCCACCUAACAUCGGAGGAAGAGGGCAGUGUGGUGCAUGCCCUGGAAAAGCAGUCUGGCUCUAUACCUCAACAGUAUUAUUCAGAGACUCUUAAAAAGAUGGUGGCAUUAUUGACAGAGGAGGUCAGUAGGAGUCAUAUGACAAAGUCUUCAGAAAGGUGCACUUGUGAUGAUAUCCAUGCAGUAUCAGUAGCGUGUGUUCCUUUGGUCACAUGUUCUAAUGCAGCUCCUCUCAUUGGUGCUCUGUUGAAGCGGCCUGUUUCCUGUGGCUGUUCUCAUCUGAGUGAGGAGUUCAUAGAGGCAGUUAGCACAGCCUGGCUCAGAAGGAAGCUGGUAUUUGAGGACAUGGCUGUGGUGGCUCUGUGGUGUCAUAGCUUGUCUAGUCUGGAGAGGGCAGUACUGAGUCUGCUGGAGUCUGUCCUCUCUGAUCAAGGUUCAGUGAUGCAAACUCUGGAGAAAGCGGUCACAGAAUCUUUACUGCCCAAAGCAUCAGCCCUGCAUUGCCACAUCUUUCUUAUAGUGAAUGAUGUUUUCAGGAAUGUGUUGAUGGCAAUAGAGGAAAAUCUGGCUGUGAGAGCACUCAUAAAGGUUUUCACUGGCUGCUUUCUCAAGAGCCGCACUGCCCAGAAGCCACAGGAAAGCCUGCCACUGAGAGCCUUUUUUCCUCAUGCACCCCAUAACCUCCUCACACCUUUAUUAACAGCACCAUCAGAAGUGCCAAAGCAGGCGUGGUUGAAGCACCUGCACUGGAUUGUGAAGUUGUUCCAGGAGAUCCUGUGUGAGAGAAACGAGAGAGAAGAGGAGGUGAAGGAGGAGGAGAGUCUAAGGCAGAGCAGGGCUGUGUUUGAGGCUUGGUUCUUGCUAGUGCAAUGUGGGCACUGGGUGGAUGCAGCUGCUGAGCUGCUGGUCUCUGUAGGAUCUGAGGAAUCGGAGCCUCUUCUUUUCCUCUUGACGUUCUACAAUCACCCUACCAACAGAGGGCACCAGAGGGCUCAGCAGACUACUGUGGCAAGAGAGGCUUGGAGUCAUUUGAGGAUCCUCUUCUCCACUUAUACUGCUCCUUCUGAGCAACUGUCUCCUGUGAAUGAGCUCCUCUCCUCCACUGUUUCAACAAACCUCAUGCUCCUUCUUCUGCUUAACUUUGCCAUCUUUUCUCAAGCAUCUAUCAGCAGUGUCAGUGAAGUCAUACAGAAGGUGCUGAAUGAGGCUGGUAUCAGGCGUAGAGCGGCGUGGAUGCUGUCCUCCAUGCAGCACAGACUAAACAGACCAGGCUCACUGGACGCCAGAGUUCACUGCAGGCUGAGGACGCUUCAGGACAGCAUUGGGCCAGCCCACGCUCCAGGCUGCACAUAAACACUCAAACGUGCCCAAACCCCAGCACUCGGUAAGCUGUUUAUUAGGACAAGGAUUCCUGGCAUGGUUCAGUUCCACACUCAAAGACUGGCCUGCUGGAAAUGACAUUUAUAUGCUAAGCCCAGCUGCUGUUUUUAUUUUCAAAGUAGUGGAACAUAUGGGGUGAUAUAUCAUGCCAAAUAAAAGGAAAACGUGUAUAUAUGGAAACCUGUGGUAAAGAACUCUGAAUAGUAGACUUUUUUUUAACCACUCAUUUAUUUUUUUUAUUAUGCUCAAAAUGUUCCAGUGUACAGAUUAUUCAUAUACAGUUCACCCAAUUUAUUGAAUGCAUAUGAGUUGCUGUUAUGCAAGUAGAUACAGUUUCUGCCAGAUAGAUCAUUUAUGUGCAUUGUAGGCAUGCAGAUUUUGCUCAUCAUUGGUUAGUGAUUAAUCGUUGACCCAUCAAAAUGUACAAUGGUUAGUUCUGGUGCUGAAAUCUGAUUGGCUGGGCCCUGUUUUAAAGACAUUAAUGCAUCAAGAUAUUAAGAAGUGUUUCUUGCGUGGGCUGUGGAACACAGUACUGAUUGGUGGGGUCAGGCUUAAGCAGGUAUAUGCAGUAAAUGGCCCCAAAACUUAUAUGUUUAUGAGUACACAAACAAAAAACUUAUAAGUUGCCAAAAUGCUGAAAGUUCUGUAUUCUAAAAUUGUAAUGUUAUAUUUUCUGCUCAUUACUAGCCCCAGUUCAAAGGAACACA